AUGGCGAGCGAGGGCGGCCGCGGGGCUCCCGUCACGGAGCUGCGGGGGACGCUGCUGCCGCCGCCGCUGCUGCCGUCGCAGCCCGGGGCAGAGGUCGAGGAGGACGAAGAGGAGGAGCCCGAGGAGGAGUCGCCUUUCRCGGACAUGGCGCUGCUCGCCGCCUCCGACGUUAUUAUCCAAGAUGAAGAAACCAAAGAGGAGUAUGACGUAGUUGGACGUUUUCCAAUUGUGGCCCCUUGGUGGACAGUUCAUGUUAAAGUUAAAAAAACGGGGUCCAAGUGUUUUGUGCAAGGAUUUCCAUCAUAUUUUCUGCGGACUAAUAUAGAGGAGAACAACCAACAUGUCUUUUCGCUCUUCCUUAAGGAAUGUGGUGUUCCUGAUGGUUUUAAGCAGGAGUUUUUUACUUGGCUUCCUGGGCAGCCUUUGCUGAGUUUUGCAAAACUUGAAGAGAAACUGAAACAGUUCCAAGCAUCAUAUUCAACAAAGAAGCAAGGAAAUAGCAAGAAUUUUGAUAUCUUUCAGUAUGUUUUGAAAUCUUUUGCAGGAAAGGCUGUAUUGGUAGCUAUGCAUUUUCCAAAGAUCAUGGAGUAUUUGCCAGUUCUUCUGCCACACCAUUUUUGCUGCCUUUUGGAGAAGGUGUGUUGGCGAAAAGAGCCUGAAAGUGAUGAUGAUGAUGCACGUGUUGAGGAAGAACAUUGCCAAGAUGACGUUCUCAGAAAACUGGAUGAGAUAUUGAACAAUGAGCCAUGGAAACUUGGAUUCAGCAAGAUUACCUAUAGGGAACUGAACCUUUCCUAUUGUGAAGCAACCUGGGCAGCCUUCCGUCAGUGCAACCAUCUCCUCCCGAGGAUUCCCGAACUGCAGAGGAAUGCCUUGAUUCUGUACGAUCGACUCAAGAAGCAAUGUACAGAAAUGGGACAUACUUAUGAAGAUCAGGAUGAAUUAACUCAUUUUGUGUCGAGAGAUAUGUCUAUUGAGAACGCUUGGCAAUCUCUCGAAUUUUUGAAAGAUCAACRUAUAGUGAUUAGGAAGAGAAAAAUGGUGUUUCUGCCUCAUCUUUACAACUCAGAAAAAAACAUUGCCACGUGUAUAGGUGGCCUUUUGUCAAACCACUCAUGGCAACUAGAUGUUGAUGUGAGACAAAUACUUAACGUUUCUGAGAUAUCGAGAGAAAUAGUGGAUAUGAAAAUGAAUGCUACUCAGGAAAUGGAGUGUGUGAAAGAAAAUGAUCCCGAAAGUCAUGAUUGUGAAAAYAGCUUCCUUAAAAAGGAAGUGGAGUCUACAUUUGGUAGCCAAAGUAAAGGAGAGGUAGACUUGGAUCAGGUGACUGCUAUGGAAAAGAUUUGUACUAAUCCUGUCACAAUCAUAAGUGGAAAAGGAGGUUGUGGGAAGAGCACCAUCGUUAGCUACCUUUUUCGUCACUUGAAGCAGAUGGAAAAGGAGAUGGAAGAAGUGGAAGCAGCUUCUAAGGAUUUUGAGAGAGACCUGGAUGCAUCUGAGGAGUGGAAUACUUUUAAUCAUCAUUGGGAAUCAGAAAAUACUUGCACAAAAAAUCUUUUUAAUGUAUUAUUUACUGCACCUACAGGAAGGGCUGCAAGCCUUUUGAGUGAAAAAACUAGAUUUCCUGCAUACACCCUGCAUCAGAUCAUCUAUAGUUUUAAAUCAUGGAAGUCGUCACAAAGUCAGCAAGAACUGCCGUGGAAGUUUUCUACUGUGACCAUUCUGGUUGUGGAUGAAGGAAGCUUGGUGUCUGUACAGAUUCUUAGCUUAGUCCUAAAGCUCCUAUGUGAGCAUGCUCAACUUGCCAAACUUAUUAUUCUUGGUGAUACUAGACAGCUCCCAAGCAUAGAUCCUGGUAACGUGCUGGCUGAUAUCUUUGAGGGCCUCAAAUCCAAAGGGCUCUCUGUGGAACUGCGAACUAAUCACAGAGCGGAAUCACAGUUAAUUGUAGACAACGCAACAAGAAUCUCUCAUCGGAARCUUCCCGAAUUUGAUGAGGUGCUAAAAGUUUCUGAUUGGAAUGGAGAACAGCCCAUGCCAAGCCCGGAGAAGAAAUUCAUUUUUAUUGCUUUGCCUUCUGGUGGGAGCUGUGACAAUUUGCAGAAUGCCAUCAAGACUUUACUUGCAAAAGGACCAGGGUUGCAGGAUGCCAGGCAAUCGCAGUUCAUUGCUUUUAGAAGGCAAGAUUGUGAUCUAAUAAAUGAGCUUUGUUGCCAGCAUUAUUCAAACCAUUUAACUAGAGACCAUAAAAGACGACUUUUGUUUCRAACAGAUGACAAGAUUUGCUGCAUGCGAAAUACCUACCUGAAGGAUCUCUUGCCAGGACAGGCUUUCAGCAAGGAUCCUGAACGCCAGAAAUGUGAAAAUGGAAAAUCCUCCCUUGCUGAGGAGGGCAAACGACUGUGCAACGGAGAUAUAUUUUUCAUAACAGAUGAUGUGGAAGUUAAUAAACAACGGCUACUGACCAUCAGCAGCACAUACGGCUCCACAUACACUGUGGUAUAUAAGGCACUGAAGAAGCUGUGUCAUAUAAAACAUGCAUGGGCCAGAACUAUUCACACAUUCCAGGGUUCUGAGGUAAAAACUGUUGUCUAUGUAGUUGGGAACCCGGGCCGUCAGCACUGGCAGCACGUGUACACAGCUGUGACCAGAGGCCGCUGCCGAGUCUACGUGAUCRCUGAGGAGAUGCACCUCAAGAAAGCAGUCACCAACAAGAGCAGGCCCAGAAAAACUCAGUUACAGAAAUUUUUGAGAGAGACAAUUGCAGAAAUAAACUACCCUGUGAAACAAACUUCCCUCCUGCUGAAGGAGAGUGGGCAAGUUGAGACGCAGUCUGUAACUCAAAGUGCUCCUGACCUAUCUGAGCCUGUAGCUGACUCGCUUAAACAAGAAGGGUCUGGAGUUCCUAAUGAAGAGAUGAGCAAUGCACUGCAGCUAAGUCCAUACAAAAGACAAAGAAGUCCUGUGGCAAAUUCAGGGGAUGCUGCGAAAACAUCCUUGACAAAUCAACAAGACACUCCACUUGGGUCUUGGAGACUCAGGAAUCUAAGUUUGGAACACGUAACUCCUAAGAAGCUUUUCAAAAACUGACAAUCAGAUGUCUUCUUCAUGAAUAUACUUGUUUUCUACAGCUUUAUUUUAAAGACUUUGGAACAGAGAAACUAGAUAUGCAGAGAUUUUAACAGCUUUCCUAUAUUUCCGUUUACUUUGAACGACAGCUGGUUUUAUAUUUUCAGUGAUCUGUUUCUAGAAGAACAUUCAUUGGUGCGUUAGUCAUCAAAAAUCAAGUCAUUCUUUUAUUUUGCAAAAAAAAUUAACUUACAGAGCUAUUGGAAGCAGUAUGUUCCCUUGUAUAAUACAUGGGAAUUUCUUGGUUUAAAUAUUCUAUCUGUAGCAGGUUGUAUGUAGCUUGUGAUGCUGCAGCAUCGAUGAGAAGCUCUUAACUGCAUUUCUGAAGCUACCAUGUGCUCUUAAGCCAAAAAAAGGACAGUGUAUAAAGGGAAUUUCAUUUGUGCCCUACAGGGCAGAACUGUGGGCAUGAAGCCUGGCUGGAUCAUGAUGUUCAGUCUUGUCAGGAGCUGAAGGAACAAGCGGCAAUCGCCCGCCAACAACGACCUGCCUUUCCUUUUGGUACUUCUGGAGAUGGGGAAUUCGCCAUUGCUCUUUCUACGCAGGGAACUUUUACACUACUCUCGUGAUCUUGGAAACAAAAGCAAAAUUCUGAGUCACAGUUCAAAAAAGUUACUGCAUGUAGCCCUUCUGUAUUGCAUGACUUCAUGCAUGGUAAUUUUC